CAGAUAAGAAAUGCAAUAAGUAAAAAGAGUAAGAUGUAUAGUAACAUAAGAGGAAGGGAGAAAUCUAAUCUUACGCGAGCCAUUAAGUCGGACGUAAACUCACGCUUGUAGUCUAACCAAAGAUUGCUGUGAGGAAACUGCGUUAAAAAUGUACGCAAUCGAAAGAUUUAUACUGAACAAACAAAGAUCACGUUUUCAAUUAAAAUGGUCAAGCUAUUAUAUCAAUGUUAAAUUAUAUCAUAACGAAAACGAUAUUUAUGGAUAUAAACCGAAUCAACGGAGACAUUUUGAAGUAUCAAAGGAAUAUUUACAUAAUCGAGCAAAACAGAGUAAUUUUUAUAGAUUAGUCACCGCGUAUAGAAUUCAUGGACAUAAACAAGCCGAUAUAAAUCCAAUUUCAAUGAGCAAGCCAUUUUUAUUGCCUGAAUUGGAACCGAAAAAUUUUAGACUGAAUUUAAUGGAUAAAGUCUGUUUUCGAGGGAUCUUAUUUACACAACAAGACAAAGGAACAGUAGAAGAAGCCAUUCGAUUUUUAAACACUACCUACUGUGGUCCUGUUGGAACUGAAUUUAACUAUCUUGAGACAGAAGAAGAAAGAGAAUGGUUUGCCGAGAUGGUGGAAACAACUUUAAACGAGCCAUUAGAUGAUGAAACAUGUAAAACAAUAGCUAUAGAAAUGCUUAAAAGUCAAGUAUUUGAUAAUUUUUUGGCCAUAAAAUUUGUUAGUCUAAAGAGAUAUGGAGGAGAAGGAGUCGAAAGUAUGAUGGCCUUCUUUCACGAAUUGUUUAAAUUAUGUGCUUAUGAUAAUUUGGAACACGUCAUCCUUUGUGCGGCACAUCGUGGCCGCCUUAAUUUAUUAACCGGGCUAUUAAAUUUUCCACCAGAAAAAUUAUUUCGUAAAUUACGGGGAUUCUCUGAAUUUUUGGAUACAACUAAAUGUACCGGAGAUGUGAUUAGCCAUCUUAUAAAUUCCACCAAAUUCAAUAUAGAGCAAAGAAGCUUUCAUGUGUCCAUGCUUCGAAAUCCUUCACAUUUGGAAACAGUAAAUCCGGUGUCAAUGGGUAAAACACGAGGAAUUAUGCAAGCAAUUCAAGAAGCUGCGUAUGGAAAUAAAACUGGGCAAUGGAGUGAUAAAGUUCUAAAUAUUCAAAUACAUGGUGAUGCUGCUUAUCCAGGACAAGGAGUUAAUCAAGAAUGCUUAACGUUGAGUAAAGCACCACAUUUUGAAAUUGGUGGUACAAUUCAUUUGAUAAUUAAUAAUCAGUUAGGUUUCACAACUCCAUCUUCAAGAAGUCGAUCAUCGAGAUAUUGCACGGAUUUAGCAAAAAGUAUAUCUGCGCCUGUAAUUCAUGUAAAUGGCGAUAAUCCUGAGAUGGUGGUACGGACUAUAAGAAUAGCCUUUAAAUAUCAAAGACAGUUUAGGAAGGAUGUUUUUAUCGAUCUAAAUUGUUUUAGAAAAUGGGGUCACAAUGAAUUAGAUGACCCUACAAUCACAAAUCCUCUUAUGUAUAAAAUCAUACAGAAUCGACCAUCUAUACCAGAUCAAUAUGUGGAGAAACUCAUAAAUGCCAAUAUUCUUUCUCAAGAAAUUGUUAAAAAUACUAUCGAAAGCCGUACCACAUUAUUAAAUAAGGCUUUGAAAGAAUCUAUGGAAAAUAUGCCGCGACAGCUAGCUACGUCAUAUCUUACUGGAAGAUGGACGGGAAUAAAACAAGCUGAAGCCAAUAUAACACAAUGGGAUACUGGAGUUGAUUUGCAUUUGUUACAAUUCUUGGGAAAAAGAAGUGUUCAAGUACCACCAAACUUAGAUGUUCACCCACAAUUACUGAAAAAUCAUAUUCAAAAUCGUCUAAAAAAGAUCGAAUGUGGAAAAACAUUGGAUUGGUCAACUGCUGAAGCAUUAGCCAUCGGUUCUCUAUUAUAUCAAGGAUAUAAUGUAAGAAUAAGCGGACAAGAUGUUGGUCGUGGAACUUUUUCACAAAGACACGCGAUGUUUGUUGAUCAAUCUACAGAAGCUAUUUUUAUCCCAUUGAAUUCUAUGGUUAAUGAUCAAACUGGCAAAUUAGAAAUGGCUAAUAGCAUUUUGUCCGAAGAAGCUGUACUAGGUUUUGAAUAUGGUAUAAGUAUAGCAUCACCAUUUAUUUUGCCUAUUUGGGAAGCUCAGUUCGGAGAUUUCUGUAAUGGAGCACAAAUCAUUAUCGAUACAUAUAUAACGAACGGAGAAGCAAAAUGGAUGUUGAGUAGUGGCUUAACAAUGCUCUUACCACAUGGAUAUGAUGGUGCUGGUCCAGAACAUAGUUCAUGUAGACUCGAAAGAUUUUUACAAUUAACCGAUAGUAAAGACAAUGAAAUUGAUAGCGAUGACAUUAAUAUACAGAUUGCGAAUCCUACUGAACCAGCACAAUAUUUCCAUUUAUUGAGAAGGCAGAUGAUAAGAAAUUAUCGAAAACCUUUGGUCGUGGUAGCACCUAAAAUUUUAUUGCGUCAUCCAAUAGCAGUAUCAUCCUUUUCAGAUUUUAAGCCUGGGACAAGUUUCAAAACUAUUAUAGGGACCAAUAAAGGCUACUAA